UCCUGGUCAUACCCUUACUGUUCCUCAGUUUGAUGACCUUCAAACCAUUGAACAGAAACUUGUAUCAUAUGUAAAAAGAGUUCCUCAUCAGCCCAGGAGGCUUCCACAAACUACAACAGAUGCUGGAAAGAGAGAUGUUGUGUUUUUAAUCGAUGGUACUGAUGAAACAAAGGAAAGUUUCUCAGGAAUGCAGAACUUUGUUCAGACCCUGGUUCAGAAACUGAAUGUGGCACCAAAUAAAGAUCGUAUUUCAGUGGUCCAGUACAGUGAUGAUGCAGCCUUUGAUUUCCUUUUGAAUACAUAUUCAUCAUCAGAUGAUGUUAUAAAUAAUGUGAAACGUUUAAUUCAUAAAGGAGGAAAGCUGCGCCACACUGGGGCAGCCCUACAAUAUGUUAAGGACAACCUGUUUACUGCUGCUGCAGGGAGUAGACUUUUGGAGGGUGUGCCACAGGUUCUAAUUCUAUUGAACAAUGGAAGGUCCAACGAUGACAUACGUGGUCCAGUCAAAGCUUUGAAAAACACUGGUGUCAUUUCGUUUAGUAUUGGUACCACAAAUGCUGAUACGCUUGAGUUACAAACAAUAUCCCAUCAGCCAAACUACUUUUUCAUUUCUGAUUUUGAGAGCAUUCUUGAUGUUCAGGAGAAUAUUGUAGCAUUAAUAACCAGGCUAUCUUACCAACGACUACCAACAAUGACACCUCAGGUCUCUGAAUUUGUCAAAAGGGAUGUUGCAUUUCUUAUUGAUGGAUCUGAUGAUUCUAAAAUUGGUUUUGAGGGAAUUCGCAAUUUUAUCCAGAGGAUAGUUGAGAGUCUAAAUGUGGAGGAAGAUCUUGAUAGGGUGGCGGUUGUUCAGUACAGUCGGGAUCCCACAGCUAAUUUUUAUCUCAGCUCAUACUCAACCAAAAAAGAGGUACUUAAUUCCAUACGAUCUAUGAGGCACAAAAGUGGAAGGCCACUGAAUACUGGAGCUGCUCUACUGUUUAUUAAAGAAAAUAUUUUUACACAAUCCUCUGGGAGCAGACGUCAUGAGGGUGUACCUCAGAUUCUGUACUUAUUUAGCGGUGGUAGAUCUGGUGAUGAUGUCAGAACCAUUUCACAAAGUUUAAGAGAAAACAACAUAAAAGUCAUUACAAUUGGCACAAGUAAUUCUGAUACACUUGAGUUACAGACAAUGUCUACAACACCAGC